AUGCUUAACCAUUCUCCAUUAUGGUAAUUUCCCCAAGUGGAGCCUUGUGGAGCCUUCGGUGGUACCAAGUAGCAACUAAAGGAGGGGAACUCAAUGCCCAAAAAUAAAAUAGCAAAAAGGGAGCAAUAAGAACAACUCACACACACUCUUUCUUGUGCCUUUAUUUUUUUUUCCCUCACUUUGUUGCAUUUUGAGUUCUACUACUGAGACUGAAACUGGGGUUUUUUUUAGCUCUGGGGUUUUGGAUCUGAUUUUCUGUGACCAGGCCUCACAUGGGUUCGUGAGUUUUUUCUCAUUAGUUUUCAAAGCUCAAGUUUUUUUUUUAGCUUUCGCUUGUGUGCUUAACUGCUUAUACCUGAAAUGGGCAUUUGAGUUUUUCAAUGUUGGGAUCUGGGUUCUCUACAUUUCUAGCUCAUAUUAAGGUUUCGAGAUUUCUGUUCUUGAAGCAAGAACUUUUGUUGUCCCUCAUUUUCUAAGAAAUCUCUCUCUCUCUCUCUCCCUCUCUUUUUCUCUUUCUCUCUCCUUUUUCCCUCUACUGUUUGUUUGGAAGGUAGGAAAAUAUGGCUCCGAGUUUAGGCAUCUCCAAAUGGUGGGCUAAAGAUAGUUCAAGGAAGGGAACUCCAGUGGUGGUAACCAUGGAAAACCCCAAUUACUCUGUGCUUGAAAUAGAUGGCCCUGACGCUGCAUUUAGGCCAGUUGACAAGGACAGAGGCAAAAAUGCUAAACAAUACACAUGGGUUUUGCUUCUCAAAGCUCAUAGAGCCGUCGGUUGUGUUGCUUGGGUGGGAAAUCUCAUGUGGGCACUGCUUGGUUCAGUAAAGAAAAGGCUCAUGUUUGGUGAAGGAGUAGCUAUGGAGAGUGAGAAAUCUGGGAAAUCAAAGUUCUUGUUUAGGCUCAUAUUGACAUUUCUGUUCAUGGCUUUGGCUUUCUUAGCUUUUGAAGUUGUUGCCCACUUGAAUGGUUGGCAUUAUUUCCAGAACAACACUUUGCAUAUUCCUCGAGCAUCAGAGAUCACAGGCUGGUUUCAAUUUCAUACCGUUUAUGUCUUCUGGUUGGAGUUCAGAGCAGACUACAUUGCACCCUUAGUUGUUUCCCUCUCCAACUUCUGUGUUGCCCUUUUCCUAAUUCAAUCAGCUGACCGUAUGAUUCUUUGUCUCGGCUGUUUUUGGAUUAAGUACAAAAAGUUUAAGCCAACUGUUGAAGGAGAACCGUUUAAGAACAACGAUUUGGAAGGAGCUGGAGUUCAUUAUCCUAUGGUUCUUGUUCAAAUUCCCAUGUGUAAUGAGAAAGAGGUAUAUGAACAAUCCAUUUCAGCCGUUUGCCAACUUGAUUGGCCAAGAGAACGACUUUUGAUUCAAGUUCUAGAUGACUCUGAUGAUGAAAGCAUACAGUGGUUGAUCAAGGCAGAGGUCACCAAGUGGAGUCAAAAGGGAGUCAAUAUCAUUUACAGGCAUCGUUUGGUGAGAACUGGCUACAAAGCUGGGAAUCUCAAGUCUGCUAUGAAUUGUGAUUAUGUCAAAGACUACGAGUUUGUUGCUAUCUUUGAUGCUGACUUUCAACCGAACCCAGAUUUCCUCAAGCUGACAGUUCCACAUUUUAAGGACAAUCCUGAACUGGGGCUGGUUCAGGCAAGAUGGACUUUUGUGAACAAGGAUGAAAACUUGUUGACACGCCUCCAAAACAUCAAUCUGUGUUUCCACUUUGAGGUGGAACAACAGGUCAAUGGGGUAUUUCUUAAUUUCUUUGGUUUUAAUGGCACCGCCGGGGUUUGGAGAAUCAAAGCACUCGAAGAAUCUGGAGGCUGGCUUGAACGGACAACGGUUGAAGAUAUGGACAUAGCAGUUCGCGCCCAUCUCAAUGGUUGGAAAUUCAUAUUUGUCAAUGAUGUAAAGGUUCUUUGUGAACUUCCUGAAUCCUAUGAAGCUUACAAAAAGCAGCAACACCGCUGGCAUUCUGGUCCGAUGCAUCUUUUUCGCUUGUGCCUUCCUGCUAUCCUUACCUCAAAGAUUACCUUCUUCAAGAAAGCCAACUUAAUACUGCUAUUCUUUCUACUGAGGAAGUUAAUUCUCCCAUUUUAUUCUUUCACAUUGUUCUGCAUCAUACUACCCUUGACCAUGUUUGUCCCUGAAGCUGAGCUACCUUUAUGGGUUAUUUGUUAUGUGCCCGUUUUCAUGUCAUUCCUUAACAUUCUCCCUUCGCCCGGUUCUUUUCCCUUCAUUGUCCCUUACCUUCUUUUCGAAAACACAAUGUCUGUGACUAAAUUUAAUGCCAUGAUAUCUGGAUUGUUCAAACUGGGUAGCUCAUAUGAAUGGGUUGUCACCAAGAAGGCUGGUAGAUCAUCGGAGUCCGACUUGUUAGCUGUGGAGGAGAGGGAGGCAAAAGCAAUGAAUCACCCCCAACUUCUCAGGGGAACUUCGGAUAGCGGGCUCUCUGAACUCAAUAAAUUGAAAGAACAUCAAGAGGCUGCUCCAAAACCUCCUGUCAAGAAGACGAACAAGAUCUUUAAAAAAGAGCUAACUUUGGCUUUCUUACUACUGACGGCCGCCUUCAGAAGCCUUCUAUCAGCCCAAGGAGUGCAUUUCUAUUUCUUGCUUUUCCAAGGGGUGACAUUCCUCCUGGUUGGUCUUGAUCUAAUUGGUGAACAAAUGAGCUAGUAGUGAAUAGAGACUGAAGAAUCAGAAGUUAAGGUAAAGCUCAGAAAAUAAAGAGAGAAUAAGAGACGGCCAAUAGAUAUGGCGGCAGCUAUCCAAGGUGUCAAGGAUACAGGUAAAAAAAAAAGAAGAAGCAUACAACUACCCAAAUCAAAAUAAGUCAGUUCUUCUCAUUUAAAUUUUCCUUACAUAGAUUCUUUCUUCUUCUUCUUUGUCCAUGUUUGCAAUCAAUUUUUUCUUUUUGGGGUUGUGCUAGAGACAUUAGCAAGUAAGUGUUCAGUCAGCUUCAUCAUUCAUAUUCCCACACCAUCUUUCUUCCUAGUUCUUUGGUUUGCUGGUUCUUUUAAUUUCAAGUCAGAGAAAUCAUUGUUGAUUGUUUAUUUAAAUGUAAGAACAGAACAUGAUCAAGGGUCAUGUUUCUUUUGUUUACUGUAUCUUUGGUUGAUUAUUGAUAUAGCUCAAGUUGUACUCCAACACCAAAUAGGCUGAAAGUUAUUUGGAGAUUUAGGUGAACAUUGUUAUCAACUAUGAGAUUUCACACAUGUAUAAAACUAGUUGUAUAUUUUUGCAUUAGUUCAAUUUAUAUCAAAAGUUUCACUCUA